GCCGGGGCCGGGGCCGGGGCCGGGGCGGGGGGCGCCGCCCCCAGCGUCCUCUGCAGCCCCGGGAGCGAGGAGCCGAGGCGAGGACGAGGCUGAGUGGGGCCGGAACCAUGAACCGGAGCUUCCACAAGUCUCAGACCCUGCGCUUCUACGACUGCAGCGCCGUGGAAGUCAAGAGCAAGUUUGGGGCUGAGUUCCGGAGAUUUUCCUUAGACCGUCAAAAGCCAGGGAAGUUUGAAGACUUCUACAACCUGGUGGUUCACACGCACCACAUCUCCAACACAGACGUGACCAUUGGCUAUGCAGAUGUGCACGGCGACCUGCUGCCCAUCAACAACGAUGACAACUUCUGCAAGGCGGUCUCGAGCGCCAACCCCCUGCUCAGGGUCUUCAUCCAGAAACGAGAGGAAGCCGAGCACUGCAGCUUCGGGGCCGGUGGCUCUCUAUCCCGCCGGAGGAAGGCGCUGGCGCUGCGCGAGGACGGCCCCCGCCGGCGCGCACACCUGCACAUCGGCCUGCCGCACGACUUCCGCCCCGUGUCCUCCAUCAUCGACGUGGACAUCCUGCCCGAGACGCACCGCCGCGUGAGGCUGUACAGGCACGGCUGCCAGAAGCCGCUGGGCUUCUACAUCCGCGACGGCACGAGCGUGCGCGUGGCCCCGCAGGGCCUGGAGAAGGUGCCGGGCAUCUUCAUCUCGCGCAUGGUGCCCGGCGGCCUGGCCGAGAGCACCGGGCUGCUGGCCGUGGACGACGAGGUCCUGGAGGUGAACGGCAUCGAGGUGGCCGGGAAGACGCUGGACCAGGUCACGGACAUGAUGAUCGCCAACAGCCACAACCUCAUCGUCACGGUCAAGCCGGCCAACCAGAGGAACAACGUGGUGCGCGGCAGCCGCGCGUCGGGCAGCUCGGGCCGCUCCUCGGACAGCGCGGCCAGCCGCCACAGCCUGCCCGCCGCGCCCGCGCUGCUGCACCUGCAGCCCGACGACGCGGACAGCGACGACGAGCCCGACGUGGUGCUCGAGGGCGUGCUGGAGCCGCGGCCCGCGCCCAGGCCGCCGCCCCCGGGCAGCCAGGCGCGGGUCAACGGCGCGGGCCCGGCGCACAGGCUGCUCAGCUCCCUGCGCGCCGACCCUCGCCACAGCCUGGCCCUGCCGCUGCCCCCUGGCGCCGUGGAGGAGCACGGCCCGGCCGUGACGCUGUAGGGCCGCCGCGCCCCCUGGAGGCGCUGGUAACCGCGGGUCCCGGGUGCGAAUGGGGACAGGCACUGUGCGCUUCGGGCCCCUUGUUGUUUUUAUUUAUCCCACCCUCUUGGCCCACACCCCGCGUGUGUUCCAGCUGACGGAUAGAAAAUACAGAUACUAUUUUUAUAGACUUCUCCACGGAACAGAAAAUGCACACGCGUGCAGUCAGUGCUCAGCCCGGGGCAGGUCCCAGCACUUUCGUAAAUAACGUGGCAGAGAGGGUCUGACCAGGUGCAGAAAAUACUUCGUUUUGAAAAUACUUUUAUAAAUGAAGCUUUAAAAUUCCUUUUGAAACAUAGAUUCGUGUCUUUAAUGUGACCUGUGCAAAAACAACCUGUGACGUCAGCACUGUUGUGAGUGCACGCCCCGGCUGCCCUGCAGACUCCGCUCACCGGCAGGAAUGAGGGAGGAAGGUGGCAGCCAGAGCCUGGCUUUGAAGAGUCAAUGCGCCCAAGCCUGUAACAGGUAUGACCAGUGACAAUGAAUUUCAGACAGCCAAGCGGGUGCCGGACCCCCACACAUCCCAGGGAAAAGCUCACAUGGAUCACGGCACCUGCGGGGGCUCAGCCUCUGGGCGGGGAGAACUUAGCCCUGCGGGGUUGGAAGGUACUGGAAGGUAAGUCUCGGCAAUACUUCCGUGACCAAAAGCCACCAUUAACUCUGAGAUAAAAACUAGUCUUUUCCUGGGGUUUGAGUCUGAGGUCAAGUUUUGAAAUAUUUUCAGUGGAAAUGAUGGAUAAGCCCCACCACACACCCCUGGCAGGCCUCUGAAAGCUCACAGCCAUUUGGAUGUGUAGUUUCUGUUAUCUUUGUUUUAAAUUCACAAGUCACGUGGAACUUACUGAUUUUUAACACAGAGUAAAUUCAUUAUCACUUCCCUUUGAUCUUCCAGCAAUAUUUAUAUAUUUAGUAAUUUUAUAGGUUUAUUCAUGUUUGAUCCAAUAUUAUAUGAAGUGUAUUUUGUUUGAAUCCAAUGUGGAGGAGAAAAUGUUACACUUAUACUCUGAGAACUAAACUUUGACCAAAUAAAGCUUUCAUAUAAAUACAAGUAAAAAUAUUUUUUUAGGAUGCCUUUCUUGGGAGAGUAUACAGCUGCUUCUCCUGUGGUCCAGCACCCCCUGCUGGUCAGCCACAGAACUGUCCUGACUUCAUGGAUGUCAGGCUGCUAACAGAUUGAAAACAGUAUCUCAACAUCUUCAUUUUUCUUCAUUAAGUGUAAAAGCAAAUAAUUUUUCCUUUGGAAACUAUUUAUUAGGCAGAAAUAUCUUUUAUUGAGCAGUUGUGGUUUCCUGCAGCUAUGUUUGAUUUUGUUAUUUGUGUGCCAGGAUCACUGUUGGUUGUGUUCCUAAGCACAGGGAAGACCAGAGAUGCUCUCCAGUUGAGGUAGAGGGUGAGAGUCCAAAUACAUCCAAAUUUAUGGGCUCCAGUGAGCUGUAUGAGCAUCUUUUCUGGCAUCCAAGCAGUCAGAAGUGGGUUUUUUUUACUACGAUAAGUAUUAUAGAACCAAAAGUCUAAUGCUAGUUACUAUCACAAAUGAAAUGUUCUUUUGCUGAGUUAUUGCUGGUUUUUUAAUAUCUUGUUGAGUAACUGGUCUGUCACCAAGAAGGAAAGUUAUAUUUCUUAACGUGUUUUAAAUUAAGCAAAUGUGAAUAAUUUUUUAGGGAAAGAAGAAAAAACCUACCACUCCGAGAUUUGUAUGCUGUUGUUUAUAAUAUUAGGAGUUCUGAAUUUCUUGGAACAGCUGCUUGAGUGUAUUUUUGUACCCAGAUCUUUACUUCUGCCAUUUUCUUCUUAAAAAAAAAAAAAAAACUAUGUUGUAUUACACAUUAAAGUUUUGUUGGUUUUAUAUAUCAAAGAAUAAAAACUUUUUCUCUGCAAUUAAUACUUUUCACUUGUGUUCUAAAUAUUGGAGAAACGACCAGUU